ACGCUACGUCAAGUGCGUAAACUCUUGCGUUGAAUCAUCGUGUAGCGUAGAAACUAACAACAAACAUGGCGGACGAUCACACGGAUGCGGAUCAGAGCAUGGAAGGACACACUCCUGUUGCAGAAAAUCCCCAUGCAGAGUACGGGCUCACGGAAAACAUCCAGAGAAUAGUGGAGAGCGAGAAAGCCAACGCUGACAAAGUGCCCAAACAGAAGGUGGACCUCCAGACGCUACAGACUCUCCCUACGCGAGCGUAUCUGGAUCAGACGGUGGUGCCCAUUCUGCUCCAGGGCCUCUCGGUGCUCGCCAAGGAACGGCCUCCAAAUCCGAUCGAGUUUUUAGCGACGUUCCUCCUGAAGAACAAGUCGCAGUUCGAGGACCGGAGUUAAGCUGCUGAAGGAUCGAAAUGCAACCAUAACAUGUCAGUCACUUGUCCUUACUGUUCACUAACUCUCUGUUCUGUUUUCUUCUUUUCUUUUUUAAACGCAAUUAAAAAUGUUACAGCAGAAACAUAA